AUGGAUGAUUACCAGGAGAGAGAAAGAUUUGGAAUGGAGAAUGAUUUCGAAGACGGCCAAUUUAUAGAUGGAGAGUUCUACUUCAGGAAACAGAGAGAAAAACGCAAACAGUCCAAAGACGAAGUUCUUUAUGGUAUCUUUGCGGAUUAUGACUCUGAUGAUGAUGAUUCAUCCUCGAGAAAGAGAAGAAAAGAAGGCCGAAAAGCUGACCUCACUAAGCCCGUCAAUUUUGUUUCCACAGGUACUGUGAUGCCGAACCAAGAAAUCGAUAAGAAUUUGAAAGACCAGAACGGUGAUGAUAUGUUUGCUGCUGAUGAUGAUAACACACCUGGAUUAGGGUCUGGGUUUAACACAGGGUUAGGGUUUAAUUCAGGGUUUGUUGACCGUAAUGGGGUUAAAAAGAGUGAGGGUUUUGAGGAUGAUGGUCAUGACGAGGCUGAGGAUAACUUUUUGCCAACGGAGUUUGGGAGGAGGAUAAAGGAGGCGGCAGAAAGAAGAGAGCGGGAGAGAAUGAUGGAGAAGAAAGCAAAAGGAGGUGGGAAAAGCAAGGAAGUGAAAGCUGGGGAUGUUGGGGAGUUUGAGAAGCAUACCAAAGGAAUUGGGUUGAAGUUGUUGGAGAAAAUGGGUUAUAAGGGAGGUGGAUUGGGGAGAAAUCAGCAAGGAAUUGUAGCCCCAAUUGAAGCAAAGAUGAGGCCAAAAAAUAUGGGGAUGGGGUUCAAUGAUUUUAAAGAAACAUCUGCUAAGUUGCCUCAAUUAGAGGAGAAGGAUACUGUGAGCCAAAGCCAGAGUCAGACAGUGGGGAGAACAAAGGAGAGGUUAUGGAUGAAGGGCAAGAAGAAGAAGAAGCAGGAGAAGUAUAUAACAGCAGAUGAGCUAUUGGCAAAGAAUGAAGAACCAGGUUGUGGGGUCUUUCAGAAGGUGAUUGAUAUGCGGGGGCCGCAGGUGAGGGUGUUGACAAAUUUGGAGAAUCUGAAUGCAGAAGAGAAGGCAAAGGAGAAUGAUGUUCCGAUGCCAGAGCUUCAGCAUAACGUGAGGUUGAUUGUAGAUUUGGCAGAGCUUGAUAUACAGAAGAUCGAUAGAGAUUUGAGGAACGAAAGGGAGACUGCUAUGAGCUUGAAGCAGGAGAAGGAGAGGUUGGAAACAGAGGCUGCACGCCAGAAGAAGCAAUUGGAUAACGUGGAGGAGAUCAUGCGUGUUCUGAGCCACAUCGAGGAACAGAAGUCUUCAGGAACUCUGACCUUGGAUUCGCUAGCAAAGUAUUUCUCAGACAUAAAGAGGAAAUUUGCAGAAGAUUAUAAGCUUUGCAACUUGUCUUGCAUUGCUUGUUCAUAUGCCUUACCUUUGUUUAUUAGAGUAUUUCAGGGUUGGGAUUCUCUUAGAAAUCCAAUGCAUGGAUUGGAAGUAGUAGAAUUAUGGAAGAAUGUGCUGCAAGGUGAGGAAAGUAGUGAUAUAUGGGAUGAAGCCACACCUUAUGCACAGUUAGUAUCAGAAGUAGUUUUGCCUGCUGUAAGAAUAUCUGGGAUUAAUACUUGGGAGCCUAGGGACCCUGAUCCCAUGCUUACUUUUUGGAGUCUUGGGAAAAUUUGUUACCUGCAGCAGUUGUUCAGAGCAUCUUGGAUAACAUAG